AUGAUGGAAACGUUGGCCACAUCUUCCUCUGCAACUCUUCCAUCUUCCUCUUCUCCCUUUUCAAUUUUCCCUUCAAGAAGACCCUCCCUUUAUCCCCCCAAGACUAUCCAAUUUCGUUUACCCUCCAAGCGUGAUGAUGGUCGCGAUUCAGACGCCAAGGAUAACAGCCUUCCAAUUAUCAGUGAUCGAUGCCUCUCCCUUUCCCCUUUGUCCAAAGAUGCUGCCAUGGGGCUGGUGCUGAGUGCUGCGGUUGGUAGAGGAUGGACCACAGGUUCAGGGAUGGAAGGUCCCUCUGUUCCUGCAGUUGGUAGGGAUAAGGAAUCGGGGAACAUCUCCACUUUCCCGUGGUCUCUCUUCACAAAAUCCCCUAGGAGAAGAAUGCUGGUGGCUUUUACUUGUACUAUCUGUGGCCAGAGAACUACACGAGCUAUUAAUCCCCACGCUUACACUGAUGGCACUGUUUUUGUGCAGUGUUGUGGAUGCAAUGCAUAUCAUAAGCUCGUGGAUCACUUGAACUUGUUUCAGGAGACAAAUUGCUAUUUGAAUUCAAGUUUCAAUUAUAAAGGAGAAGGAUGGGAUGAUCUCAAGUUUAGGUAUAUGGAUGAUAACGAUGACGACGACAUAUUUCCCAUUUCAUAA